CCUCUGCGAGCCAUUGGAACUAGCUGAGCCGAACAAGUUGCGGCCGCGGAACAGCAGGCGCUCCCCGCCUCCUCCUCAUCCUCGCCUCCUCCUCCUUCCUCUCCUCGCCUAGCCGCCGCCGCCGCCCCGAGGCCUCGCGACCUCCGAGCCCGCAGCCCACGCCGCGGCCGACAUGAGCUUCUUGUUUGGUAGUCGCUCCUCUAAAACGUUUAAACCAAAGAAGAACAUUCCAGAGGGUUCUCACCAGUAUGAGCUCUUAAAGCAUGCAGAGGCCACACUUGGGAGUGGAAACCUCCGGAUGGCUGUCAUGCUUCCCGAGGGGGAAGACCUAAAUGAGUGGGUUGCAGUGAACACUGUAGAUUUCUUCAAUCAGAUCAACAUGCUUUAUGGAACAAUCACAGAUUUUUGUACAGAAGAAAGUUGUCCAGUGAUGUCAGCUGGCCCAAAAUAUGAGUAUCAUUGGGCAGAUGGGACAAACAUAAAGAAGCCAAUUAAGUGCUCUGCACCAAAGUAUAUUGAUUACCUGAUGACUUGGGUUCAGGACCAGUUGGAUGAUGAGACACUAUUUCCAUCAAAAAUUGGUGUCCCAUUUCCGAAGAAUUUCAUGUCUGUGGCAAAAACUAUACUCAAACGCCUCUUUAGGGUUUAUGCUCACAUUUAUCAUCAGCAUUUUGACCCUGUGAUCCAGCUUCAGGAGGAAGCACAUCUCAAUACAUCUUUCAAGCACUUUAUUUUUUUUGUCCAGGAAUUCAACCUUAUUGAUAGAAGAGAACUUGCACCACUCCAGGAACUGAUUGAAAAACUCACCUCAAAGGACAGAUAAAAGAAUGCAGAUGUAUGCCAAUUAUUCAUCGAAGCUGUGUGGAGUGUAUUUGGAUUUUGUUGUAUUUUAUUUUUAUCUUGGUUGAUUUUAUGUUAGGUUUGGGGGGCUUGUUUGGGUUCCUUUCUCUUUAUUCUGAAUAAAUGCAACCAUGUACUAUUGCUAGAAGAAGCCAAGAACCAUUCUCUAUACGUUUGAUAGGGGUAAAUUUUGUCUUAGUGGCAUACAGUAUUUUUUUUAACUUGGGGAAUUUUUGAUAAUAUUGUUAUGUUGAAAGAAAAUGCUUAUUGAUUGGACUGCUGAUGGAUGGGGGUUCUCCAUUGUGUAAAUUGUGGCUGAUGUUUGAAGUCCCCAAAAGACUUUUUAUGUUUUUAAGUGCCUUGACAGGCUCACUUCUGAAGUGCAAAAGCACAGACAUAGAACUGAACAGGGCUUGAAACAAUAUUAGGGUUACUACCCAGGGCACUUACUGAUGUAUGUUUUAAAAUACCGAUUGAUAAAAGCCAUAGCUUACCUAAAUUGGUGAUCUCCAGCUUUUACUACAUUAAAGAAACACAAUUUGUAAAGGUGUGCAUUAGAGCAUAAAAAAUUAGUAUUUCUUAAUUAUUUUUGAUAUUGAUAGUAAUUCUGUUCAACGGAUGCUUAAAGUUCUACAAGCAGGUCUUUUCCAUCUCUUGAUAUCUGUGAUAUUGAAACUUGAAGAUGUUGAAAUGUAAUACCUAUUACAUUUUGGCUUCUUUCUACAUGUUAACUGCACUGUAGGUGUAAAAAUUCAGGUUUUUUAUAGGUUUGCCAUCUUCAGAGAUGAUGCUGAACUGUGAGGUUUCUUAGCAAUUGCCAAAUGAGCCAUAAGUCUGCAGAAUCCCCUUCUACUUUGAAGAGGAGAUGAUAGGAGUGUGUUUGGUAGUGGGGGGUUACUUUGAAUGGGGCAUUAUAGAUGGGAUUAAGUAUGGGGAGUCAAGUUCAAGAAAGUCCUUUCUCAAAACCCUUGAAUAGAGUGGCAUGAAUAUUUUGAUCAAUAUCUUGUAAACAGAGUCUUAGAGACUUCCUUUUAGGAAUCAACUUCCAUGAGAAGUUAAAAAUAAAUUACUAAUUUUAAGUAUAGACGUAAACAUGGAAUUUAAGGACCAUUUGGGGAAAUUGAUCACUUUACAGCAUUUCCAUUCAGUGAAUGGAGCUGGUGUGUUUGUCAUUUUAAAAUGAUACAGUACCUUCUUUGCUUAUUAUAGGCCCACCUUGAAGCAUUAUGACUUCUGAUUUUUCCACUGUGAAAGGAAAUCUUUCUUUGCAGUGAUAUCAGAUAAUGAAAGUGCUAAAUUAGUAGUUAUUAACUUUUACAUUUUUUUGUCCAUGACUUUCUAGUUAACUAUUCCCAUAAGUAAGAAGUUCAGAAACUUAGUUUUUAAAAUAAAUAUUAACAUUUAAAAUAAAUAAAAUAAAACUUCAGUUUUAUUCUUGAGAAAUAGACUUCUUAGACUUCUAGUUUUAGUUUUGUCAUUUCCAGUAAAUCUGUUUCCUUCAGUUAGAAAUAUAUAUUCUUCCUUCAGUUAGAAAUACAUACCUUUUUCCUUGAAGAGUAGAAAUUUUGCUCUGAAAUUGUAUAGACUAAAAACACUUAGUAGAAAAGAAUCUAAAAUGAAAUCAGUUUGUUUUUGCCAUUAACAAGUAGAAUAAUGAGACAAUUUAAUGCCAUUAGAGUUAUGAUCGCUAUGAACUGCCUUUUUCUCUGUUUCAUUUCCAGCAGUCAUUCUCCAAGUACCAGCAGUAGAAGUAACAGGAGAGCCUGGCAGAGGCAAAUAUAUUGGACAUUCCUUGAUAAUACUUAUUCGUAAACUGCAGUGAGAACUAGCUGAUUUCCUUAAAACAAAUUUUUUAGUAUCCAAAUAUAUAAUAUCAGCCACUGUAGGUUGAUUCAGAAAUAAAAUUUGGCAUCUAGUGAUUGGGGGUCUUAUCUGUUUAGGAAAAUGAAGCAUAGGAUUAUUCAAAUAGUCUUCCAUACUGCAUUUGACUUCAUAUCAACCUAGUAAUAGAGAGGUUGCAGUAGCCAAGUAUGGAGAGAGAAGUGAAACAUUGUUUUUGCUCAUUUAAGCCUUAUACAGUAGUAUACUGUACAAAUGUUAUUAUAAGUUAAUUGUAAAUUAAUGUUUAGUAGUAGGACUUACUUUUCCACUCUUUGUAGAUAGGAGUUCCUUAUCACUGUGCCAGAGUCUCAGGUGCCUGCCUCUGAGUAUUCCUUUAAACAGAGGUAUUGGGAAGUAAGGAAAUAUGUAUGUGUAUAUAUGGUAACAAAGUAGAGACAUUCUCCCAGGGAGAGGCCUGGCAUUGUAUGUGGUGUUACAUGGCUGCAAAUAGGGAAAAACCAGAGCAUAUGAGAAAUAACUGAUUUAAUAAAAAGUUGCUUUGAUUCAGUUGGUUCCCAGGAGUAUUAGUAAGAAUGCCCUUUAUAAAAUAAGGAUCAAAUCUUGGUUUUGCAACAGAAUUUGCUUAUAAAUUUCUUUUGGAUUCUUUCCAGAUUUCUUGAUUUAUAAAUAACAAGGAUAAUGAUUCUCCCCCCUGCUCUUCAUAUGGAAAUAUAAGGCAGAAGUUGGUUUUCUCAUCUGCUGAUGAAAGCAUAAAAUAUAACAUAGUAAGUUAACAUAGUCUUGUCACAGUGCUUUGGUUAAAUGUUGAUAGGAAGCAGGUUUUUAAGAAUUCUUUUAAAUGAUGGAGCAGUGGUGGUGGAGAGAAAUUAAUAACAGAGUGAAAAACCUUUUCAUUAGCUGUAGGUGCUGCUAUGGUCUUUCAUUUGCUGGCUUGAUUAUUCUGUUUCCCAUGAAAACCAUGGCAUUAGGCUGCACUAAAACAUGAGGUAUGUGUUAGCUUGUAUAGGCUUUGGAGGUCAGUUUACCUUAGAUUGAAAGAUUUUAGAUUGCUCUCUCUUCCUACCCUUGUUUGUCAUUCGUAAAUGCUAAAUGGUCAGCAUAAAACUAGAUAGGAAAAGAUAUGUUUAGUGUAUAAUAUGUCUCAUACUGAGUUAUUGCCUGGCUUAUUAAGAAAGAUAAAGCACUACAAUCUCUUAUUUUCAGGAAUUAGCGAUAAUGUGGAUCUUUAUAUUUUACAUGUAAUUGCCACACUCCAUUUUAUAUGCUACCAUUUUCCUUGCUUAGAGGAAAAUAGCAAAACGACAGAUUUCUUUUAUACCUUUGUCUACACCCUCUCUGAGAGAGGUUUUGAUAACCACUGAAAUGGUAAAAUAUGUGAGAUACAAUUAUUAAGUUUUAGGACUUCCUUUUAAGAUAAAUAUGUCAUACCUUAAACAUCCCAAAUGAAAGCUGAUCUUCAGAGUGGUUUUUUUGGGAGCACUGCUUAUUCCAGCUAUGCUGCAAGGGUGUAAUGUUUCUGGAAUACUUUCCGAGAUGCCUUGAGAAUCGGUUUGUGAUUAUGUAAGAAAAUCUAUUUCAUCAUUUUAGUUGCACUGAAAACUUUUCUGGGAGCUUAAUAUGACCUAUCUCAUUUACCAAAACAACUGUACUUGGGCUGUUUUCUUAGAACUAAACUGUUAAGGAAGUUUAAAAGAAUAUGCCAUAAGCUCUGAAUUUGCAGAAGAGAAUGUUUUGAGCAUUGAUUUGUAGCAUUAUUUUAUAAAAAAAUAGUUUCCCAAUGUCACUACUUUGAAGUAGGCUGUAUCAUUUGGAUGUGUUUUAUGUUUUUAGUUUAAUUACCUUACAGUUAAAUAUGAUAAUUUAAAAAAUCAAAGUCCAUUCUUAUUUUCUAUUUUUGGUUCAUUUCCCUGUUAACUUUUGGAUUAUAUCUUGAGUACUGUAGGGUAGUUUUGAUUGAAGGUAUGUAUAGUUAAAAAAAAAAUGGACCCAAUAUUUAAGAUAGAAGUAGCUUAAGAAAACAACAGGCUUUACCUCCAUCCUUUUUUUUUUUUUAAACUUAUUUUCACACAAAUGAAAGAUUUGAAUUUAAAGACUGGAGAUCAUUGUACAAAGAAAUUGGAAUACAGUUUAUAUAUUAAUUAUGCUGAAUUUAAGUCUGUGUAUCACAGUAAAAUAUUUCAGAAUUUAUAAUCAUUUCGUAUGUAAUUUAUAACUUUAACAUUUUGAAUGUCUUUUUAAAAGAUAUGAGACAAGAAGUAUAUUUGAAAAUGUCACUGCAUACCAAGAGGAAAACAACUAUUUUGAAACUUAUCUGGGAACUUAUCUGGGAUAUUAAAGAAUAUACCAAUUCCUAGGAACACUAUUCUAGAUCUAUACUUUAAGGACUGCUCCUAAAAUGAUUUAUAUAUCAGCGUUUUGUCAUAAUGUUAAGUUUCACCAUAGGAAUUACUGUUGUUCAGUUAUCAGUUUAAUGGUGUAUGAGAUAACUGUUUAGAGGUAAAGCUAUUUGAUGAUUUAAUGGAAAAGUUUAAUUUUAAGAUAUAAUAACCAUUCUGACUGCAGACAAUUUGAAUUUUUGAGGCUCUCCUAAUUGUAGAGAAAAAUUCAUUCUGAAGGUAUAAAACUGUGCUCCGUGUCUGCCACUUGUAGUUGAACUGAUACUUAAAUUUUGACAAAAGAGAGAAAAUACAGAUUAAAAUACUGAGUACUCUCAGUUUUGCAAGUGUGAUACAAAUUUCCUUUUCUGCAUGUAAUACUAUACUAUAGAAAAAUUUGGAUUAGAAUCCUCAAAGAUAGUGAAAUCAUGGGGUUUUCCAAGCUGUGUUCACUUGUCAUCUCCUUCUCCUUGAAGGUAAAUUACUUACUGCUGUUGACUUUCCAUAUACUCCGCUCUCCCCUAUCUCACAACACACACACACACACACACACACA